AUGUUGUCACGGCAACAGCACCCCGCAUGUGUUACUUGCACAUUAUUUUAGCUGUUUCGUUUUGUAAAUUCAAUGCAAAACGUUAAAGAGAUUAUUUUUUCACCAGCUAACUAACUGCCAAUGAAGAGACAGUGUAUUACGUUUUAUCGCUUAGGCCUGGUCUGGUGGAAAAUAAUUAAAACAUUAGAAGAUCGUGAAAGUUACUUGACAAAAAUAUGGCGAAAUUUUCACCUGCUUCGCUAAUCCCUAGCGUGUUUCACACAUUUGUUUCUUUUUCUUUGUUAUUAUUGUUUUUUUACGUCGUAUUUUAACCUUCCAACCUUGUCAUUUGUUGAUAAAACUUGACUUUGACUUGUGAAACUUCCGUGCUGUGCUGCCAAGUAUCUGGUGCUUAUCGGCUAAGCUGGAACACUUCUCAAGACAGCAGUAUUAUUGUUAAAUUAAUUACGAACCUUGUGGAACAACUUAGUGAAGCGGGCGGCGAUUUUCCCUUCUGUCCCGUCUAUUUAAGUAAUUCAUACUGAGUCUAUUUUAUCUCGUUUUGAUGUUUCUUGAGUUAAGCUGAGUGACGUCUUGAAUUUAAGUUUCCGGCGACCUUACUGGAAGGCGUAUCAGGGAGGUCGAAACUUCCUAUUUUGAAUAACGGCGACUAAUUGCUUCGCCUCUGAUCAAAAAUUAGGCAAAAGAGGACAGGUUGUCUGGCUGUGCGGCUUGUGCGUAUCUGAAAAUGUACACGGUCUGAAUGUAUUACCGCACACGUUGUAAUGUUUUGUUAACUUCGUUGCACGACUUGCUUCUAUUCCCCGACAGUGCAAGUGCUUAUCGUUUAAACGGGUUAGUUCUUCCACAACCUCGCACUGAUUAUCUGAAGAGACAUUUUUCGUACACUGGAACUCAGUUGUGGAACAAGUAUAAGUAAAUUUUUUCUACCUGGCCUCCUAAAAGCAGGGUUUUUUUUUCUUUUGGAAUUUUUAUUCUUUGAUUGUAGUAAGGAAGGUAGGUAGCUAGUUGAUUAUCAUAAAAAGACUAAUAGAAAUAUCGUGUAUAAAUAAAGUUAUCGUAUCGUUUCGUAUCGUUUCAUAUCGUAUCCCCGAGCCUCAAAAGUUACCAGUCUUCUGCCAGCGAUAGCUGACAAGAUGCUUGGGGCUAACCUGGGAUGGACUAGCGAUUCCGAAAGAGUAACAAUAUUCCCAGUGAAGUGACCGGAAUAGCUCAGUUUCGCCAGGCAGUAUGGACCAGCAGCCUUGAGAAUGCAUUAUCCUUUUUAGAUAUCACAUUAAUUGAGGGAACUAAUUUUCGUGCAUUGGAGUUCUAAAUGAAUUCCCACGUACUCAGUUAAUUCACGCCACCAGCAACACGUUGUUUUGCGCCAAUUUUUGAUACCAGUGCCAUUAAAAAGCCUUUAAUUAGUUGUUCAUCGCACGCUUUCCUCGUGCCUGUGGCUUUUUAAGUACCUCUCGUGAUAAGGGUUAUGUCGAAUUGGAAAAAUUUGCACCUGAAAAAGACCUCGUUUGUACACAGACACAGAGGAGAAUAAACUCCCAGACGACAAGAUUACUUAAGCUUUGUGUUCAAUUUUGCGAGUUCAUGAUUCAAACGAUGUCUUUACGAACUUUAUGAAAACUGACAUAUUUCCGGUUAUGUCCACUUGAUUUUUUAAUUAGCAAUUACUAGCAGUUUUCGUGGUUAAAACCAAAUGAAAUAUGGUUUCAAGAGAGGUGGCGCGACAUUACGUUAUGAUGUGCGCGUCUUAUCAUAAUCAUGGUCAUGUCAUUAAUUGAAACGAAGAUUUUACAUUAAAUAUAACAAAUAAUCGGGUUCACUCGAUCAGUAACCUUGGAUGAGUUGCCUGCACGGAUGUCGCAGUUUUCUUGUCAGGAUUUUGGUAAAACGGGGCAAAUGUUUCUCCAAUGAUUUUCAGUUCUAAUUUCUGUAAAUAAUAAAGAGCGAUUAUCAGAGGCAAGAACUAAUUGACACGAACCUAUAGCCUUUCAUUUUUAUUAAUAUAAUUGACAAAUUCUGCAAAAACCUGCUCAAGUCUUCUGAUGGUCAAAAAGGUGUAAGUUCAACUGAUAAACUAUCACUAUAACGUUGGUGGUAGAGAAAUGAUGACUCACAGAAAGAACACUCUGGUAAAAUGAAGUCAAAUGUUCUGUGAGCGAUGUCACCAGGUUUAAGUACGAUGAUAAAUCAAAGUGCGGCAAAUUUGCCUAAAUCUUGCCGUUGAAUUUCUAAAAAUUUGCUGCCUUUAAGCCAAAGUAUAAGAGAGAGAUUGCCAAAACGAAAAACAAGGGCGAAACAUAUUUAUGACGUUAGUUCUUUUCUCCACGGCACGCUUCACUUUAUCAUGAGUACGUUUUCUGCUCUCACUUCUCACAUUCCAUGCAUGCGGUGAAAAUAAAGAAAGAAUGGUUAUUGACAUAUUGUGGCGGCAUUGAUGGAAUUGAAGCGGGUGCUUUUGUGUAAUAUGUAUACAUUGUUUUCUUAAAGUCAUUAUUUAAAUCUGCGAUUCCAUUAGCUUUGUGUUCGUUUUGGUCUUGGUAUGCCUGCUUUCUAAAAAAGAAAUUUUCUGUUCAUAGUAGCAAAAAAUAAGUGCAGAACUGAAAGACUUUAAGUCACUACUGCGCCAAAGUUAAACUCACUCUGUCGUUCUUUUCAGUAAAUAGUUCUAAGCAGUGGUUGAAGUAAGCGAUUUAGCAAACCAACGACGAAACAAGCUGUCUGAUGACUUUUUGUUUUGGUGUAGAAUUUUACCUUGACCUCAGGUUAGACAACUUUGAAUACUUCGAAACUCGGAAACUAGACAACGAGAAAAGAUCUCGCCAAUGGCUGAUUCGCAGAAUCACUUUAUCGGUGAUUGUCAAGGCGCUGGCAGGACAAACUGCUGAAAACUGCUCUUCACGCUUGAUAUCAGUUGAACUGAGGUGUUCAAGUUUGGAGUUAAGUGUUAGUUUAGGGAAACGUUUGUUGUGUUUAAUCUGUCAAAAUGGUCUUCCUGUUUACGUUAUAUCGUUAUUAUGUUUAUUUUCAGCUUUGACUGGUCAGAAUUUGUACUAGGCGGGCGCUACACGGUUUAUUUUGUCUAAAAAAAUUGCUUUCAUUUCAUGUUCGCUAUUAAACGUUCGUUCAUUAAUAACCAACACUUGAUGAAGGUGCUCAAUAAACGGCACUUAAACUUUCUUGCUUACAACCAAGGGCAUAUUGUAAUAUGAAUUCUGAGACUAUAUUCAGUAAAUGAAGUUUUCUGGGUUUUUUUCAAAUGAAUUCUCGCAUCUCUUUGUUCGGCAGUGUACUGGAAUUCUAGAGCUUCGGCCAGCGGACAAUUCCAAGAACGUUUGGUCAUUGAUUCAAGUGUUGAUUAAACAAAAAAAUAUAUUCUAAAUAUUAAGUUUCAUGCAAAUUGUUGAAUUGAUGAGGGUAGAUUCGCUGUUGUGUGGGAAGGUAAAUUCCAGAGCUUCAUCAGAGCUGUGUCACGCGCUGCCUUAGUGAACCUACUGUCGAUAUAAACAAUAGUGUAUAUGCCUUCUCGCCGAUAUUGGAUUCAUUGAGUAAUAAGUAAACGCUUAAGCUUGGGAGAUUAUUUACUUCAGAUGUAGCUUCAGUAAAAGAUAUUCUUUUAGUUUUGUGUUUAUGUGUUCUGUUCUUUAUGUGUCCUCGGCUGGUGACCAAUGUUAUCGGCGCUCCACACCUGCACCUCUUCCUCUUAAACAACAAAAGAAACACGGUUUAUGGUAAUGUGUAAAAAAAAAACAUUACACUAAAGCACCUUCGAGAGUAUUUCGCUCCACUCCAGUUGCCGAGAGAAUCGUAUCAUUUGGUUAGAAAUGGUACAAUUCCUCGGUGUUGCUAGUUUAUGUGAAGGAAAUUCGUCUUGAUUUCGUGUUGCAUUCGUGACAUGGGGUCUUGUGGAGAAAUGUUUGUAGUUUGGUUUAACUUUUCUGAGUUAUUAGUAGUGUCUCUGUCGGUUAUUAAGUACGAGCGAUGAAUCAGGUGCCUGUCUCAUUUUAGGACGGAAGAGAGAAUCAACUUGACAGGUCCAACUAUAAACACGCGUUUGUCAAAUUGUGAAGAGUUCUAAUUAAACCCUGGCCAUGGAGACGUUGUCGGAAACAAAGAAACUGGUGCCACCUUCAUAAUUCAACACUGGAGCGUGCUUUUUUAUGUGCUCGCUUUUCCCUCGUGUUUUGAUGGUAAAUCACUUCCACCAGUUAAAACUAAUUUCAGAUCAGAGCAGAUUUUAGCGAGCUAAGGUCAAUAUCCAGCCCAAGGUUGUGCCCAGCCACUUUGUGGUUCUCUCUUUUUUUGCAAUUUGCCAGAGGUCUUUUGAUCUCUUUGGACUUACACGAAACUUCUUGCUUCUCUGUUGGAACGCGCACAGUCAUCUGACGCUCAUUUAAAUGGCUUUGUUUCCGCAGUGGGCUGGCCCAUGGAAAGUUAUUUGAAUUUGCAUUGUUUACCUGUAGGUCUUUUAAAUACACGUGCGUCCGUUAAAUCUCCACUCAUUUGGAACAAACCAUGCAACCGGAUGAGCAGAUUCGAAUGCAUCUUAACCCAAGCGAUAAGAUGAUGAUGAAUCGCUCUUCACACUUUGACCCUCCACCAUCUUCUUCGCCUCUUGCUUCUUUUAAAGACAAGUUCGAAUUUCCAGCCUCGCAAGGCUUGUGGACUGCAUUUUCGUUUCCUACCCCGCCAACUUCUCCAGUGGAAUGCUGCAGCAACUGUCAAGAGGUAACGAGGGAGAUGCGCUGGCAUGCGGCCUCGGGUCCUUGGGGAGAGACGAGGGAAAUAUCGGACGAUGAACUCGAAGUUGAUGACGUUCCGUUCGAAUUUGCGCGGGAACUGUUUGGAAUGCGCGCCAAAUCUCCCGCCAUCCUCAAUGACAUAAUGUGGAGUGGUGAUCGUGUCAGGAGGCCAGAUUCUACCACGGAUUUCGAAACUAGGUUCAGCUUGUCUUCGACUCCGAUAUUUUUUGAACAGCCGAUAAGCCACACGUUUGUGGAGCCUGAGGAGCUGUUUUCGUUUUCUUUGUUGAGCCACUGCCACGAUCAGGCCGACGAUAUGUUAGCCGAGAGACUCGAGAACGAUGGUGUUGUCUUUGAUAUACCAAUUCAGGAGAAUCCGUCAGACACAGACGAAGACGAAAUCGAUGUUGUGAGCGUAACCGGGGACAAAACAGAAAAAAAGACCACCAGUUUAAAAUCAGACACCACCCGCGAGGAAGGGGGAACUUUAAAUGUACCACCAAGAAAACUCCGGUCGAGAAAAAACAACAGUGAAUCAUCAGAGCAGGAAAACGAAGAUGGAAAUGCACGCAUUUCCCACAAUGAUCUGGAACGAAAACGGCGAAACGAUUUGCGACAUCGUUUUCAGUCUCUUCGAAAGAGCAUUCCGUCGUUAGAGGAAGCUGAACGCGCCGCCAAGAUUACUAUUUUGAGACGGGCGUCAGACUUGAUUCCUUCUCUACAAAAGGAAGAAGAAAGACUGCUAGCCUUGAAAGACGACGAAAAGAAAAGAAAUGCUGCGCUUUUGAACACACUCAUGAAACUGACAAAGAACAACAAGAGGAGAUAAUCGAAACUUAAUUCAUUAUCUAACUUAGUUCUAUAGAAAAAAAUAAUGUGAUAGUUUCUCCUAAAAGGUUUUGUUUGAUACUUUUUUCUAAAUGGGAAACUAACUUAACUUGAAUCCAGCUUUGUGGCUGCUGCAGAUUUUUGAUUAAUUUAGUGUGCACGUCUCUUACAGACAGAUCUCAUUACAAAUGUAGCUGAUAUUUCGAUAACAAUUUUCACAAAGUGUUUGCUACAUUUUUUUACGAUGUUUAUUUUGUUAUGGAUUUUUCUAUACACGCAUUUUUUACUGUAUUAGGCGAAGACAUGACUUGUCAAUUUUCCUCGCGUUUCGUUAUCAAUUUGUUCUUAUUAUUGUGUUCAUUCGAGUCAGAGCUGUAGCCGCGAUUGAGACAAAACGUGAAAAUUUAGCAGCGAUUUUAUGUAAAUCUCUUACAUCAACGUUCAUUCUAAAUAUAAUUUUAAAGUUAGAUUUAAAUUAAGGCAACAGAAAAUUUAGAGAGAGAAAAAAGUUCUUACAUGUACCUAAAAUAAAAAAUAAUUCAGUACUAUAAAUAUUGUUUGAAACAUUAUUACCCUCGUUAAAUGCUCAUCCUAUAGUAAUUAAAUAGGAUAUAAACUAUUAUAGCAAUAGUUAUCAAACUUGGUGUGUAAAGGGUCCAAGCUUAUUUACUUCAGCGAUAAGCACCCAUCAGUCAUGACAUUACAGAACGCAGAAAUGACGCUCAGCCCACAUUCCAAAAUGUCCGCCAUCUUAGGUUUCAAACAUUUUCAAAAUAACUCCAGAAUUGAUUUAAAACAUGAGAAAAAUAUAAGGAUACAAGAAAUGUAAAGAAUCCAAACUCGAACUAGAACAGAAAUUAGACCUUAAAUACACACCAAAUUUGGAUAAAAUAACCUUUGAAAACACAGUUAUCAUAGAAACGUCUAGUCACGUGGCCAAAUAAUUGAUAUACCAAGUUUGACCUCUAUUACUCGAAUGCUGUUUCAAUUUAUUUUAAGAAAAGAUUUACUUCAGUACGGGCACUCUAUUCACCUUGAAGCUAAAUGGUGCUGAAGAAUUCUGAAGUUUUUGUGCAAGGAAGUGAAGUUUUUCUUAAAUGUCCAUUCUUUAGAACGUGCUGGCUGAAUGUAU